UGUCGCAGCCGUGGUUUUUGUAAGAAUCUGUUUUAUAUAUAUUUGCAACUGGCACAUUAAUAUUUAGCAUGCUUAAUCAUAUAUUUUCUCAGCUAUAGAUCAAUGUUCUAUGUGUUGAGCUGAGUUAUAUGGUUACUUUUGAAUAUAUCUAUACUUGUUUAUUAGUCUCUGAGCUGUCGAUCAAUGGUAUAUGAUGCUUUAAUGCCUCUGGGUGGCGCAUCUCUUGGAUGUCGCAGCCGUGGCUCGUGUAAGAAUCUGUUUUAUAUAUUCGCAACUGGCACAUUACUAUUUACCAUGCUUGAUCAUAUAUUUUCUGAGCUAUAGAUCAAUGUUCUAUGAUGCUAAUGUGCCUCUGAGCUAUAGAUCAAUGUUCUAUGAUGCUAGUGUGCAUCUGAGCUAUAGAUCAAUGUUCUAUGAAAUUACUUUUAGCAACUAGCACAGUACAUCUAAGCCAAACUUAGACCUCUAAUCUCCUUUUCUAUUUUAUUACUCUAGCAAUGGAUCCUACUAUUGCACGUCGGCGGCUAAUUGCAAAGGCUGUGGUCCUUGUAGCAGUUAUGUCAGCCUGGUUGGAUGCAUGGUUGAGGCACCGACUACAUGCUAGGAGGUCUAUCACUUAUGGCCCAAUGCACCAAAGAGACCAAGAGAGACAAAACAACCUGAGAUUCAUUUAUGAAUCCACUGAUGUUGAGUGUGUUGACUUACUUAGGAUGAGAAGGGCCCCUUUUAUGCAGUUGUGUGACCUUUUUCGCACUAGGCAGCUAUUGAGAGAUAGUAUUCAUAGCUCAGUAGAGGAGCAGGUUGCCAUGUUUUUACAUGUGGUAGGUCAUAAUCAAAGGUUUAGAGUUGUACACAUGACCUUUCGAAGGUCUAUUGAGACCAUCAGCAGAUACUUCAGGGAAGUAUUGUAUGCGGUUGGUGAACUGAGAAAUGAAAUGAUCUUGCCACCUUCAACUGCUACACCAACCAAAAUUAGAGAUAGCCACAGAUGGUACCCCUAUUUCAAGGACUGUAUUGGUGCCAUUGAUGGCACUCAUGUGCUAGCAAGAGUUCCUAGAAAUCAGAGGGCUGCCUUCCUUGGCAGGAAACACACCACAACACAGAACAUCUUAGCUGCUGUAGACUUUGAUCUAAGGUUUACAUAUGUUCUUGCUGGCUGGGAGGGAUCAGCACAUGAUGCCCUUAUCCUUGCUGAUGCCCUUGAGAGAGAAGAUGGUCUAAAAGUGCCCCAAGGUAAAUUUUACCUUGUGGAUGCUGGUUAUGCUGUCAGGCCUGGGUUUUUACCCCCUUACCGUGCCACACGGUACCACUUGAGUGAAUAUGGGGGGAGGAAUCCACAGAACCCAAAAGAGCUCUUCAACCUUAGACAUUCAUCACUAAGGGUGACAAUAGAGAGGGCCUUCGGUGCUUUGAAGAACAGAUUCAAAAUAUUAUACAACAAACCUUUCCAUCCAUACAAGACACAAGUAAAGCUAGUCCUAGCUUGUUGUAUCCUCCACAACUGGAUUCUUCGUCAUGGGAAUGAUGAACAUGUUCCACUAGAAGACACAUGGGCUGCAAAUCAACUUCAUGAGGGAGCUCCCCUUGACCUUGUCAUGGACAAUGCUGCCUGGUCUGCUACCAGGGACAAUUGGGCUCAACAGAUGUGGCAAAAUAGGGGAUAGUGGUCAUUAUGUACUGUGCUAAGUUGCUCAACAGAUGUGGCAAAAUUGAGAACAUUGUCUAUUAGCAAUGAUGAACUAUAUAUAGUUUUGAACUCACUUUCUUUGUGUGAUGUGCCCAGUUGCUAAUGAUGACAUUGCUUACAUCCUGAUACCAUUGUUGACUAGCAAUGAUGAUUACUGCUACUUCUACUUCUACUUUCCUAUGCUGACAUUACUGCUACUUCUACUUCUACUUUCCUAUGCUGACAUUACUGCUACUUCUACUUCUACUUUCCUAUGCUGACAUUACUGCUACUUCUACUUCUACUUUCCUAUGCUGACAUUACUGCUACUUCUACUUCUACUUUCCUAUGCUGACAUUACUGCUACUUCUAC